AACCUGUUUAUCCUCCGUUCAACUUUUGCUCUCUCUCUCCACUCGGAGAGGGAGAAACAGGAGUGAGGUUGUACUUGAUUUUCUUUGUCUGUUUUUUUUUUUUAACUCUUCUCCACUUUGGUAACAGAUAUUGAAAGUGGCUUCAGGAUAUUUACUACAGGAAAGCCUUCCCCACUAAAUGCACCAUGGGGUCUGAUGACUCGUACAAUUUUGUCUUCAAAGUGGUUUUGAUAGGGGAGUCUGGCGUAGGAAAGAGCAACCUUCUGUCUCGCUUCACUAAGAAUGAGUUCAACCACGACAGUCGCACCACCAUCGGUGUCGAGUUCAGCACGCGGACUGUUCAGCUGGACAACUACACCAUCAAAGCCCAAAUCUGGGACACAGCGGGACUGGAGCGCUACAGGGCUAUCACCUCAGCGUAUUACAGGGGAGCAGUUGGAGCGCUGUUGGUCUACGACAUUAGCAAGCACCUGACCUAUGAAAGCGCCGAUCGAUGGUUGAAAGAGCUGUUCGACCAUGCGGACCCUCACAUCGUGGUCAUGCUGGUGGGAAACAAGAGAGACCUGGAAAACCUCAGGACCGUGCCCUCUGAGGAGGGCAAGGACUUUGCAGAGAAGAGAGGUAUCCUGUUCAAGGAGACAUCAGCGUUGGACUCCACCAAUGUCGAAGAUGCUUUCAAUGAAGUCCUCAUAGCGAUCCAUAAGAAGGUGGCCAGCAGGGAGGUGACCCGUGGCUCCAUCUCGGCUGUAACCCUGUCCAACCCCAUCGGACCCUACAGCGAGGCACAGGAGGAGCGCAAGAGCUGCUGCAAGAACUCCUAACAGACUUCUGCCCCCCAAAGAUCUGCUCCGCCCAUCGUUGAAUCACGCUUGGCUGUCGUUGAAGCUUAAGCAUGACAUCAUUCACACCCAAUUUGAAGAAUGAGGUAUCUCCUUGACACUUGACACAGUCAGUGUACACACCUCUUUAAAUAUAAAAGCUCAAAAACAAUUGAUUAAGAUAUGCAAAAUGAAAAAAAAAAAAAAUGUUAUACAGUAAAUGUCUUGUGGUGGCUAAUGGGAGCGUUUUUACUACGGAUAGAUGUGCAAUUUAUUCUUAUCGUGUUUUUAAAGAGAGGUUGUAAAGUUCUAUUGCUUUAAUGAAGGAAUGCACUGGGAUUCACUUGGAAUAAAUUAUUUAUGUUA